AUGGGGAGAUUGGAGAGACGACCGUCAUCAUCAAGGCUAACAACCAAGAAUGCAAUCGACCCAGCAAGGGCCCAGAGCUAUCAGCACAAAGCCUUGGAAUGA